CGUGCAAAUAAUCGUGUCGUCUGCCUGCGUGUGUGUGUACUGUGUAUGACUCAAAACAGAAAACCCACCUCUUGCAUAAUACUAGUUUGAAGUUAAUUUUGGUGUUUUAGAACCGUAAUUCACUAUGGCAGCACGAAAUUUCUUAAGUAUUAGCGAACGCCUUCUCUUUCAAAAUUAUCGCUCGGCCAACAGGGCUACUAACAUGACAAAAGCUAUGAGAUAUUCCAAGCAAACUUCGAAUCCGAAAACAGAAAAAGAUAAUGAAGAUUUGGAUCAGCCAGUACAGUUUACUUCAAGUAAAGCAUCUAGCUGGAGUUCGUCAGAUCCUGAUUACGGGAAAUAUCGCACUAACUGCCCCAAGUAUGAAUAUUUAGUUAUUCAAAUUAGUCUGGCAACUUUUCUUAUAUAUUUUUGUAUUCUGAGAGAGGAGAGUGAUUGGGAUGUGGGUUUGUAUGAUCCCAUUUAUGGGAAAGUCCCUGAUUUGGAAUUAGUUGUCUUAAGACAAAAGAAAAAGACUGCAGAUGCAGGAGGACCUCAUUUCUCUGAUGAAGAUAGUCGCAGGCUUGAAGAGUUAGAGGAAGAACAUGGUUUACGCAAACAAUAAUAAUGUUACUUUAUCAGAACGUUUGAAAUGUAUGUAAGUUCAAUGUAGUACUAAUUGUAAUUUAAGAUGUAAAUAAACCCUAUGAGACAAGAUAAAA